GUAGUUAUGGUAACAUGACGUGCUUGAUUGUGACCUCAGGUAAAGGUAACUCAAUUGUUUUUGUAUGUUAAUCCAGCGACAGUAAGACCCGGUGGAAACCCUCUAUAACGCAGACUCCACUGUCUGCACACUUUCCUUUACACUGAGUGCAAUAUGGUAGCAAUGCUGGGCUGGAGGCUGUGAAUAAUAUGCAUUUAGGACCAAGCUCAUUACGCUACCCGGUCCUUUAAAUGGUCUUGUAACUCAUAUUAGAUUCUUACGAAAGGCUGUGUUUUUUUUUGCUUUGGAGAAGAUAACGGUCUCAGCUUGACCGCAUUUACAACUCGCUUUUCUUCAAACCACUGUAACUGAGUCAAGCCUUGAAUCGCCGCAGGGGAGACGAGCUGUCAAGAUACUUAUUAAAUCCGUUUGGAUAGCUGGUGAUGCUUAAAGUCACUAUGCUCUCGUCCAGAGCAGGGGCAACCCCAGCUCCAGACUACUGGAUAGAUGGAUCGAAGAAGGAGAUCUUGGCUGACUACUAUGAGUUGGAGUCCGAAUUGGGACGGGGAGCGACAUCCGUGGUGUGCAGAUGUCGACAGAAGGGAACACAGAAGCCGUUUGCGGUGAAAACGCUGAAGAAGACAGUGGACAAGAAGAUAGUGAGGACAGAGAUAGGUGUCCUACUUCGACUCUCUCACCCAAACAUUAUCAAACUAAAAGAGAUAUUUGAGACCCCGUCAGAGAUCAGUCUGGUCUUAGAGCUUGUGACUGGAGGAGAGCUAUUUGAUAGGGUUGUGGAAAAGGGCUUCUACACUGAACGGGAUGCUGCUGAUGCUGUCAAACAAGUACUAGAAGCCGUUGCAUACCUGCAUGAGAACGGCGUGGUGCACCGAGACCUGAAACCCGAGAACCUCCUAUAUGCCACCUCAGCACCAGAUGCUCCCCUCAAAAUAGCUGAUUUUGGACUGUCAAAGAUCAUCGACGAUCAGGUCACAAUGAAGACAGUUUGUGGUACACCAGGAUACUGUGCCCCAGAGAUCCUGCGAGGUUGUGCUUAUGGACCUGAGGUUGACAUGUGGUCGGUGGGCGUUAUCACUUACAUCUUGCUAUGUGGCUUUGAACCGUUCUUCGAUGAUAGAGGGGACCAGUACAUGUUCAAGAGGAUCCUCAACUGUGAAUAUGAGUUUGUCUCCCCCUGGUGGGACAAUGUGUCCCUCAAUGCCAAGGAUCUGGUGAGAAAGCUGAUUGUCCAGGAUCCAAAGAAGCGGCUAACGACCUUGCAAGCACUGCAGCACCCCUGGGUGACUGGGAAGGCAGUUAACUCAGCCCAUAUGGACACUGCUCAGAAGAAACUGCAGGAGUUCAAUGCACGCCGAAAACUCAAGGCUGCAGUAAAGGCCGUGGUGGCCUCGUCACGAUUGGGCAGCGCUGGCAGUCACGGCCACGCUGACAACAGCAAGAACAGCAACUGCAACAGCGCCACCAAUCAGGAAGGGGCACAAGAGGAGCAGCCACGGAACGAUCAGUCACAGAUCCAGGAAGGAUCCUAACUGUGGAUCUCCUCUGUUGUUGCAUGUCACCCUGUGAAGCCAUUCUACCCUCCUGUUGGACUGUGAGGUUUCUGAGAGGAACCAUAUGGUCUCACCUAUACUGGAGAUACUCCGCCUGGCUUUAUUGCAUGUGACUGAUUGAAUUAAAGGAUGUACAACCAUACUGACUCGGCACAUUGCAACAAUAUGCCACAAGUAUAUUAAGUACACAUGAAACCAGAGUUUACGACUGCGCAUGCCCAUUUCUUAACUCACACAACAACUUCACUGGAUGGUUUAUUUAUUCCAUUAUACCAUGUCAUAACUGCAAAAUGACAUCCAAGUGUUCACAGUAUUCAUUUGCCGGUUUAUAAAGUAAUUCAUAACGAUGGUAAUCAUCAUGCUGCUCUGGUGGCAGAAUAUAAUAUAGACUGGAGAAUUGAUUUAGGUUGAUUUGCAUUACUGGUUGAGUAGGCCAACAGUAUCUGUUUGGAGAACGGGUUGGACACAUUUUUUUCAGAUGGUCAUAAACUGAACCUUUAUUACAACGUCUAAGGAGAAUGCCUUAUUGUAUCUUAUUAACUGUGUUUUACACUCCUUUUGUAAGAAAUAUUGAGUAUCUUGUUAAAGGUCCAAUGCACCUGUUUUUUUUGUCAGAAUAUCUAAUAAUUUCAGGGUAACAAUAUCAAUUCAAAUAGUCAAAAGAAACAAAAAUAGCUUCUUAGCAAAGACCAAUUUCUCAAGCAAGAAUUUUGCUAGGACUGUCUGGGAGUGAUCGGAGUGGGGAGGGGAAAACUGAAAACUAGCUGUUAUUAGUAGACAAAAGUGAUGUUAUUUAAAAGUGUAGAGUUGUUUUACAAUUAAGAACUUUUUCUUUUGUAUACCAAAAUGGUUGUGUACAACUGAAAAGGCACCCCAGUUUUUGUUAUUGCCAAAUACACAAUUUUCAUGGAAAUUGAAGAGUAGAUAUUCAGUGUCAAAAUUGGUUGAGUCUGUUGCUUUAUUCGAUAAUAUCCCACCUCUGUCAUAUACAAUGGAAGAGGCUGUUUUCUUGUUGCAAAUAUUUCUCUCUCAUUAAUCCAUUAACUGACAUGCCUUGUAGUUGAAUGUUUGUUAAUCUACAAAGAAAAAGGUUGGCUGUGUAUUGAAUUUUUUUGCAUGAUUUUGUCUGCAGUAUAAAGGAAUGUUGUGGUUAAUAUAUGAAAUGUAUUCAACAACGGUUGUCCAUUUGCAUGUGGGAAUGUUGAAUUGAACUGCUGCGGUUGUCUGUUAAAAUGCCCAUUAGUUUACUUACAUCACAUGACAGAUGCAAUCUGUGUUAAACAGUGAAGUAUUAGAGGCCUUCUGAAGGCCCCAAGACGUCAACUUGAUAUUCAUUUUAUAUGCUCAAGGGAACAUUUAAUCAUUCAGUGUCGUCUUAAAAUGGUUACCAUUAGGAUUGAUUUGGUAUGGACUGCAGGAGAAAAUAUUAAACUUUAUGAAGUUA